GAGUGGCCUGAAAACAUUCCGAGAGCUUCUUCACACUCGCCCAGGAGACACCGAGCAGCGUUAUUAUCCAAAAUGUUUCGUUGUGGGAUCGAGUAUCCGAGGUGCAGGUGGAUCCUGCCUCUGCUUCUGCUGUUUGCGAUUAUUUUCGAUAUUAUCGCCAUCGCAGCGCAGUCCGGAUGGGUGGAGGACGAGGGCGCAAAGACGCACUACGCCAGCAUGUGGACACAGUGCCGAGGCCACAACGAUCAGUGGGACUGUAAAUCUCUCAUGGAGCAUCCAUGGGCCCAGGCAGUUGCCGCUCUGAUGAUCAUAGGCCUCAUCAUCCUCAUCAUCGCCUUCAUCGUCUCAUUUGUGGCUCUCUGCUGUAGCCUCAACAUCACUCUGCUGCCUUUAAUCGGAGGCCUCCUUAUUUUGGCUGUAAUCAUCCAGAUAAUCGCUCUGAUCAUCUACCCUGUCAAGUUCAACGAGCUGAUCUAUGAAGGUUAUUACGACUACACCUGGGCAUACGGCUUCGGCUGGGGGGCCACCAUCCUGAUGCUGGGCUGCGGGAUCCUCUUCUGCUGUCUUCCUAGCUACGAAUAUGAGCUUUCCGGCAUGGCCAAGCCCAAAUAUAUCUACACCAGUGCCUGAAACCCCCCAAAACCCCACCUCUCAUAAAGGACAAUGUUCAGCCACCCAAGCCUAAAUGUCAAUGCUCACAGAUCUCCAAAAGCAUUGUCAUCUUCCUAAAUGAAACAUAGGACCUACUGACUUUGAUGAGGGCUGUCAGUGCAGCCAAACUGGGCAAUGCCCUUUUGGGGCUAAUGCUAUUAACGUUUAUUUUAAUUAAUUUUGUUAUUUGUAUUAAUCAUUCACAAACAGACUGGCUUUGAUGUGUGUGUGUGUUUAUAUCACUCAGCACAGAUUGAACUCCACAAAGCAUUAUUCAAAAUCUCUAUAUCAGGCAGUUUACAUUAUAUUGUCCAUCAUAUCACAUUAAUAUGGUUAAGAAAACAAUUAAAAAUACAGGUAGUUUGCUUUGAAUUCACACUGUAACGUGAACACUGCAAUGUAAAGUCUGACUGAGUUUUGUUAUUUGUAUGUUUCUUGAACAUCUCUACAUAUCAACAUUAAGAAAAUAUUUUUAUGAUGUAGCUGUAUUUUACAUGAAUGUCAUUCCAUGUCAGCCUGUUCUUGUUUUCACAAUAGCGGCUGUGCAUACUUGAUCGCACACUUCCCUAAAGUGCUCUUACUGUCAGCGAAGAGUGUGUGUUUUGUGUUUGGCUGCAUGGCCAAAGUGAAGUGAACGAAGAGGGGUUUUGUGCACUAAUCCUGAGCUUGCUUUUACAGUUAAAUUGGUGAACAACCUGAUGUUUUUCUUGAAAUCUUCGAAAAUCUUGAUGCAUUCAUGCCGUGAGCAAUUAAUUUCAAUUAGUCAGUUUGAUGUGGAAGAAAUGUAUAAAAAGUACUUUGCUUGUAAACUUUGCAAACUUGUAGGUUUUUUGGAGCAUUUGACUAGAUUCUAAUUAAUUCACUUUGUCAUUUGCAGUGAUAUGAAUUGUAAAUCAAUCUUCAAUAAAGGGGAGACUUUCUGUUAAGAGGCCAA